AUGGCUUCUCUUCAUUCUUCUCUUUUGUUGCCGCCGAAUCUGUUUUCCCUCACUACCCCAUCAAGUUCCCCUAGGCACAUUCUCUUGAACCUGAGACCCUCCACGACUCACUUGCGACCCCUUCUCACUACACGCCGCCGUUUUGGGAAACCCUUGGCGGUGGCUGAGCAGGCCACUGCGGCGGAGGCCGAGAGGAGGCUCUACGUAGGCAACAUUCCCCGCACUGUCAACAACGAUGAGCUCGCCAAUAUUGUUCAAGAACAUGGUGCUGUUGAGAAAGCUGAGGUUAUGUAUGAUAAAUACUCUGGAAGGAGUCGCCGCUUUGCAUUUGUUACGAUGAAAACUGUGGAGGAUGCAAAUGCUGUGAUUGAGAAACUUAAUGGCACUGAACUUGGAGGGCGUGAGAUCAAAGUAAAUGUUACUGAAAAACCUUUAUCAACAUCAGAUUUUCCUUUACUCCAAGCUGAGGAAUCUCAAUUUGUUGACAGUCCCCACAAGGUGUAUGUGGGAAAUCUAGCCAAGACAGUGACAACUGAUACUCUUAAGAAGUUUUUCUCUGAGAAGGGAAAAGUUUUGAGUGCCAAGGUUUCAAGGGUCCCUGGUACCUCAAAAUCCAGUGGGUAUGGUUUUGUUACUUUUUCAUCAGAAGAGGAUGUAGAAGCUGCAAUCUCGUCUUUCAACAAUUCUUCUUUAGAAGGACAAAAAAUCCGAGUGAACAAGGCAUAG